AUGUUCAGGAUUGCUCUGUUUUAUAUCGAAGUUCAACAAAAGUUCGAAUACUUCAUUCCCGACAGUAAGAAUUCUGCUCAGGAAAUCGUGAAGUACGUCUAUGACUUCGUUAGCUGUAGGGCUAAAGCUGUUUACUAUGUAGAUAAGCGUAUGAGCGAUGCACCUGAAAAUGUUCUAAUGUGGAAUGACUUACCUGCUAAUAUGCACCGAGAGCAGGCCAGUAGAUGCAGGAAGGUAAUCCGCAAUGCGCAUCUUGGAUUUCCUUGCUUCUUCCAGCUCUACUAUGGCCUCAAUCUUAUUAUAAAACUCAUAAACAUGGUGAGCAGCAAAGUGCGCUUUGUCUUUCAAGAUAUAUUUUACCUCGGCAAGCUCAAGUGCCUUGUGGAAUUUGAUUUCCACUAG